AAUAUGCCCACCCUAGAGAUAUAAUUAUUGGUUCUAGGAACUCGGAAGUCGGCAUCUCCCACUCGAAGCCGACCUCUUCACGGUUCCUUUCUUCCACGUUUUCAUUCGUUUCCCUCUUUGGCAAGUCUCUCUUCUCCUCCUCUCUUCAUUUGCACUUCACAGUUUCUACUCUUAGUACAAAAGCUUAUCCUCGUUUAGUUCCCCCACCAUUUUUUUUGUUGUUUCUCAAUUCCACAAUCUCCUCACCGUACCCAAUUCUCUCGACGGGGAGAUUCUGAAAUUGAGUGUUUCGGAGUUGGUUUCGCUGCCGUAAUUGGAUCUGAUCGGAUCGAAUUCUCGAUUGUUUGUUUUGACCCGGAUUGAUAAAAAAAUGGAGAAGCACGAGGACGGCGUUUGCGCGGCGGAAUCUGUCGACGGGAGCCUUGAUGUUUGGAGUUGUAAGAAUUCCGAUUCUUCUUCCGCCGAUCACCUCGUUGUUAUGGUCCAUGGAAUCUUGGGAAGUACGGACGAUUGGAAAUUCGGAGCAGAACAGUUCGUAAAAAUGUUGCCAGACAAAGUAUUUGUUCACUGUAGUGAGAAAAAUGCGUCUGCGCUUACUCUAGAUGGUGUGGAUGUAAUGGGUGAACGUCUUGCAUCUGAGGUCCUUGAAAUUAUUCAAACAAGGCCAAAUAUCCGUAAAAUCUCCUUUGUUGCACAUUCUUUGGGAGGGCUUGCAGCGAGAUAUGCAAUUGGGAAGCUGUACAAGCCAGCUAAUAAGGAAGAUAUGAAAGACUCGUCAAGGGACAGUAGUGAAGGGAUUUCCGAAGGCACGAUAUGUGGCCUCGAGGCUAUGAACUUCAUCACUGUAGCUACACCACAUUUGGGAUCAAUGGGUAAUAGACAGGUUCCGUUUCUCUUUGGUGUUUCUUCCUUUGAGAAAGUUGCAGGUCUGAUUAUUCACUGGAUAUUUAAAAAAACGGGCCGUCACCUUUUCUUGAAAGAUGAAGAAGAGGGAAAACCACCCCUGCUUCGACGCAUGGUGGAAGAUACCGGUGAUUGUCAUUUCAUAUCUGCACUGCGUGCCUUCAAAAGGCGGGUGGUUUAUUCAAAUGUGGGCCAUGAUCACAUCGUUGGUUGGAGGACGGCAUCUAUUAGACGUGACAGUGAAUUGCCUAAGUGGGAAGAUUCUCUGAAUGAGAAGUAUCCUCAUAUUGUUUACGAAGAACUCUGCAAGUCAUGUGAUCCUGAGGAUAUACCAGAAGGAGAGAAUCAUUCAAACGACAUAGAAGAAGAAAUGAUCAAAGGCCUCUCCUCUGUCUCAUGGGAAAAAGUUGAUGUUAGCUUUCACAGUAGCAGGCAGAGAUUCGCUGCCCAUAGUGUUAUACAGGUUAAAGACAAAAGUAUGCAUAUAGAAGGAGCAGAUGUCAUAGAGCAUAUCAUCGAUCAUUUCCAUGCCUAAAUCAUGGAAAAUUUCAUCUCCCAUGAGUCCAGGGCAUGAAGAUUAAGGACUCAAAGGUAGCAAGACGUCGAUUAUGAUCAAUUCACUUGAUACAUGAUGUUAGCAACAAUGGAAACGUUGUUCAAUUUAAUUGUAUCAUGUAUUCAUGGAUAUUAUGCUAUGGAAAGUAUAAAUAGCGUACUUAAAACGGAAGUUUUGUGCCUAUAUAUUCGUUCUACUUAGAUCAAUUCCUACGUAGUUGGCGUUGUCACUUGGUAAUCAACGUCUUAACAGUCAGGGUGAAGCACUAAACAAUACGCUCUCAUAUUCAGUAUUCCCCUCUGUUUCCUAUCAUUUGGUGACUCGGAAUAGUCAAGAGACUCUGGUGGAGCAGGCAAAAAAAGGAAUGGAUUAGAUUUGUUUAUCUAUGUCUUCGGCGUUUUCUAUUUGCAGUGAAGACAUUGAUAAUGAUCUGGCAAAGACAGGACCCAUUUGGCCAUGGAAUUGUCUGAUCAGUUCUUACAAAGUGAUAUCUUAUCAUUUACUUCUCUUGAAGGUAGGUCCACCUUCGCUUGAUGUCGGCAUGUUGAAGCAAGGUGCAUCUGCAUGUGGGUAUCUGUUCUUUUAGACGAACAACACAAGUCUUGGAUUCGUGACCAUCGUAUUGCUCAAAGGACUCAUAAAUAUGGUCUUAAGCUUACUUAACCACGAGUUGAGACUUGAGAGUGUCCAAGAGAUGGAUAAGGAGAUAACGGAGGCACAGAGAAUAGUCCCAUCCCUUUACCGUCUACUCCGUCCCAAAACCCCAUCCAGCUUGACGGCGUUAACGGACAAGCCUCACCCUGAGUUUCCGUCUCUUCCCUUUUCACAGCUUUAUGACUGCUCAGGUUUCUCCCAUGGCUUUCAUCCUCAGUUACUUGUCUCUUCCUCUUAGCUUUCAAAGACACAGUCUUGUUGUCAUCAGAGUCCUCGUGCUUGCCUGCUUCGAGUGGGAAGUUAAGAAUGGCUUUACUUCCUCGUAGUUUAAAAGCAGCUCUGUCGUAACCUCUUGCAGCUUCCAUGGCUGUGUCAAAAGUACCUAACCAGACACGAACACCUUUCUUGUUUGGGUCUCUAAUCUCAGCCGCAUACUUACCCCACGGUCUUCGCCUCACGCCUCUGUAAUGCCUUUGAUCAUCCUCUUGAGCCACCGGUGCAGUAGUUGGAACUGCAAUAGUGGCAGGAGGUGGCUUGCGUUGGCUUAGAGUGGAAGUGGUGCAGCGUUGGAUGUUUGAGACGAAUGAAUCUAAGGUAGGAAAAUCGGUAAGGAGGUGUAGAGUUAUGAGAUCUAAAGCUGAUUGGUCUUGUUCUUGUUGUUGUGAAGAAGAAGAAGCCAUAGAUGAAAAUUGGAGUCUGGUUUCUAUUUGAUUGUUUGUUGGACUUUGGGGUUUUGAGAUUGAGAGAGGUUUAUAUAAAAGAGGGGAAGUGAGACUGAGAGGUUUCGUGGUUAGCUUCUUGGGUUCGUGAGAGGAAGUAUCCUUUUCGUCCUUUUCAAUAUUCUCUUUUGACUUGUUUAGUUUUACUGUUGUCUUGGAGUGUGGCAAGUGGGACUAUCUAAAUUAUUAUUUUAAUUUUUAAGAUAAGUGAUGUGAUUUUUUUUAAUUUGUCUUUUGUCGUGAUGGCCCAUGGUUAAAGCUAGUAUCUAUU